GGUGGCGCUAUGCGAAUUGAGACAUCAACCUCAAUAAAAUUACAGAAGAGGAAGAACGGGGAGCAAUCUUUGCAGGAGGUUAAGCUAGCUAGCUGGUUGUUCUUGGAGAAGAUAAUUCAGAAAAUGGGCCGUCGCAAAUCAAAGCGGAAGCCCCCACCAAAGAAGAGAAUGACCGGAAACCUGGACACCCAGUUUACCUGUCCGUUUUGUAACCACGAGAAAUCUUGCGAUGUGAAGAUGGAAAGGAGCCGGAAUACGGGCAUAAUUUCUUGCACGGUUUGUUUGGAGGAGUUCCAGACUCCGAUAACAUACCUUUCAGAACCAGUGGAUGUCUACAGUGAUUGGAUAGAUGCCUGUGAAGCAGCCAAUCAGUAACUGCUUGUGGUAUCAGUGGGUAUGGGCAGAGGAGUGAUGGUCAGGAAUGCGUAGGUCACAGUCAUUCAACCAGUGUCACUGGAAGUAUGCGUACAUGUAACAGCAUGACUAGGUGGAUAGGACUGACAGGCAGGAAAGAUCCCUCGAAAGACAACCCUACACAGUUAAUAUAAAGUAGCUAUUAAAAAGAGAUUAUCAAAGCACUUGCAGCUUUUGUCCAUUAUCCUUAAACAUAUGGUGAGCUCUGCUGUUUCUUUCCAAAUCUAGGUCUUGGAGCGCAUGUGUGCUCAUAUGUCAAAGUCAGGAUAUUCUCACUAAAAUGGAGCCCCUAACUUGUGGGCGUGUCCUUCCCGCUUCCCCGUUUUUUGGCGUUUUUGGUUGCGAUGAUUUCAAUUAUUGUCUCAGUGUUUACUUAACAGACCUAAAUAAUCCUGAUCCCCUUACUGAAGUCUUAAAAGUAACAGUUCAAUCGUUCAUGAUUGUGAAACCGGCCUCUUGUAUUAAACUAGUUGUGGGGUGUGGGGGGGUAACUUGUAGGGUGUAAUUAUUUUUGUUUUAUUCCAUGAAACUGAACGUCAGUAGAUUUGACAUACUUUUUUAUGUUCCAAUAAACUUGAUUUUGCUGAUUUAAA